AUGGGAAGCAAUACAAGCAAACCUUUGGAUGCCCAAAACAAUGACCCAGCAUCAUCUCAUGCACAGUCACCACAGCGGAGACGAACCAAACUUGGAUCAAUUCGACAACCAAAAAACAAGAUAUCAAAAGGAAAUCUCGGCAGGCGAGAACCCACCAUUCUUUCUCCCGACACUCUUCCCUUGCCAGCUUCAUGCACAAGACCAAGUGUACAAUCUGCAAAGUCGACUCCGCUAACUGGUGCAACCAUUCAACGGUCAGCAGAACAAAAUACAGUCGCUUCUAAUACCACCACUACAUCUACACACCCUAUCAACUCAAAGCUCACAUCUAGCACCACCCCCCCCUCUGGCCCAGAUGGCUUUGCUAAUCAUAAUAAUCACAACGACCAUACUGUCGGCCUGGAUUCAAACAACCUCAAUUCUCACAAUCUCAACAAUCCAAACCACCCUUCUUCUCUACCUAAUGCCAGAAUUUCUUUGGUUUCCCAGAGCUCCUAUGUUGGCAUGACCCAAUCAAGAGAGCCACGCCAAAGAGUACCCAGAGGUCGCAAUCCACAAAACAGAUACUCCCAGCGCGUCUAUUCAAACAUCUCCUGUGCAACAAGCGACAGCGGCCAGAGCAGCUGGAUGCUUUCAGGAGGUCUGUUCUCUCAAAUCGACUCCACAACAUCCUCCAUCAUCACCACCAUCACAGACUACUCUAACAUCUCUCGUCGCUCAAUGUUUGCUCAAGAUUGGCCAAAGGAAGAUACCUCCAAAAUGGUCAUCUCAGCCUCAGAAACCACACCAGCGUCACCAAUAAAACCUUUAUCUAAUUUGCAAGAAUCAGCUUUAAUCAGUGUACAACCAGAACAAACCAACAACAAUCCUAAAUCAUCACCAUCAUUGUCAUUAUCAUCAUCAUCAUUAUCAUUAUCAUUAUUAAUAUCAUCCCAGGCACAAACACUAACACUAUCUCUAUUGGACCAACUCAAUAAUUCACCACACCAAGAGUUCUCUAUCCUCAAGGCUGCCUUUGCAAAAAGUCAACAGACCGGAUAUGCUCACCACCAAGAAGAAGCCUUCAGGGCUGCAUUCGCCUGGAGCCAGAGAACCAAUUCAUUGACAGGCCGGGUUUGGGUUGCCCGAUGUCAGAUCGAAGGUUGGGGUACAUCAGCCGAUCCGUCCCACGGUUUUAGCACACUCAAGGCAAUUGCAGAGACAGAUGAUUAUUGGGAAGCAUUCUACCCUCUCGCAAUGUGUUACCUCAACGGUGUAUCUGCUGUUCGUAACCACCAAGAAUUAUCAUCAUCAUCAUCCUCACCACCACCACCACCACCACCAAUAACAACAGCAGCAGUAGUAGCAAAAAGCAGCUCUUCUUCUUCGUCUCCUUCUUCAUCUCCAUCUUUGGCUUUGUCGGCAAAUGUAAUCACCCACAAUGAACCGUAUUCUGUACAACCGAUCGACAACCAAACCGCCUUUCGCUGGCUCAAAGCAACGGCUGAAAUCGACUAUGCUUCCAAAGGAACUGACCCCGAAAUCAGGUCUAUUGUCGCAAAGGCUCAAUACCGAGUUGCUGUAAUGCUCUUCAAGGGGGCCGAGAAGAUGGCCCAAGACCCUGUUGGUGCACUUCAGUGGUUCAUCAAGAGUGCUGAUAAUGGUGACAAAUAUGCUCAAUAUAUUACUGGUCUCCAUUAUGAAAGAGGAAUGUUCACCGAGAAAGACACUUUGAAAGCUAGAUCAUACCUGUUGCAGAGUGCCAAUCAAGAUUUUGGAGAUGCUCAGGCUGCUUUAGGAAUUGCUUGUAUUGAAGAAGGACAAGAUAAGGAAGGCAUGCAAGCUUUAUUAAAACUUGGGCUCAUGUAUGAAACCGGUCAGGGUGUCGAAAAAAACGACGCCAUUGCUGUGUCUUACUACAAGUCAGCUGCCAACCGUGAUGACGCCCGUGCACAAUAUGUUCUCGGUCUUGCUUACUACAUGGGAAACCUAGGUCUACAAAAGAACUUUGGCAGAGCCGAAAAGUAUUUUACAUUGUCGGCCAAGGCUGGUUAUGCUCCCUCGCAGCGGAUUCUGGGACUCAUGUGUGCUCAAGACCUUUUGGGCUUUAGCUCCGAUUUAUCCGAAUCCAACAACACCAACGAUAAUAAUAAUAAUUCUGCUGGUGGUGGUGGUGGUGGUGGUGGUGCUGCUGCUGUAUCCAGACGCAAAGAUAGAGAACGAGACAAGGACAAGGAUAUCAAGGCUGCCCUGACCUGGUUCCGCCGCGCUGCUUAUCAAGGAGACAUCCGUGCCCUAGGUCUGGUGGGAUUCUGUUAUGAAAAUGGCCAUGGCGUGGCUGCCAAUUUCGAAACCGCGCUAGAGUACUAUCGUAAGGCAGCCCGGAUCACUGGGCCUUUUCAGGACAGUGCGCAGCUGGCCCUAGCUCAUCUCUUACACCGUAUGGAACGACAUCGGGAUGCUCUGAACUGGUUCAACCGGGCCGCUGCGUCUUGGUCGGCCGAACAACCGCCUAUUGGGUCCGCUGAAUCAGCCAAGUCUGAUCCACUACAGCUACUGAUGGAACACCGCGUGGCUUCUCGCACAGCCGCCCUGAUGGUAGCCCGAUACCAGCUCCAUGGGUGGACCGGGGCUUCUAAGCGACCAAAGGCAGCGUUUGAUAUCCUGUUUCACCUGGCCCGCCAAUCCGAACUCGACAGUCAUGCUCACUACUGGCUGGCAGCCUGCUACGAGGAAGGUGUCCAAGGAAGAUGCGAAAAGGAUCUUUCAAAGGCGUUUGAGCAUUAUCUUGUUUCUGCAAAAGCUGGAGAUGUCGAUGGUGAAUUCCAAGUUGCUCUUAUGCUUUCCAAUGGUCAGGGUGUCGAACAAGACCGUGCGGCUGCAUUCUACUGGUACGAAAAGGCAGCCAAGAAAGAACACAAGACUGCCCUCUACAGCCUAGGACUCUACUAUGCCAAGGGUAUGGCCGGAGUGACCAAAGAUCUUUUCAAGGCUCGGUCGUGCUUCAAGAGAUCUGCUCGACUCGGCGUCGUGUCUGCCAUGACCACCUUGGCGACUCUAUACAAGAUGACUGCUUCCAGAAUCGAUCCCAGCCAAGACCCAGAUGAAACCGAAACCCAAAGCCAAAGCCAAAGCCAAUUCUUGGAAGAGCAGCAGCGUCAGGCUGUCUAUUGGUUCGAAAAGGCGGCCCAGUACGGAGACGCAGUUGCCCAACGUGAGCUGGCAAUUCUUUAUGAUGCAGGCAUCGGCGUCAACCAAAGCUAUGCAAAGGCUCUCAGUUACCUGCAGAAAUCUGCUUCCCAAAGAGAUACCCAGGCAACUCUAUUGCUGGGAAACUAUUACCAGAACGGCCAUGCUGUUGAAAAGGAUCUGUCCCAGGCCAUCGAACUCUAUCUUGAGGCUGCUGAUCUUGGUUCUCCUGUAGCGCCGUUUGCUGCAGCUCAAGUGUACCAUGCAUUAAAACAAUACGAAGAGGCUUAUGCGCAGUACAAGAUCGCAGCCAACGAUCCACGUCUUGCAAAUGCACGUGUCAGUAAAGCUUCAAAGUUGAUGGUUGCUCGCUAUGCCUUGAGCUAUGUUCCUCUUUUGAGUUCCGCGGAUAGCACCGAAGUAGUAUCUCAAGAUGUAGAAAAGAUGUCCAAGAAAGAUGCCUUUCAAAUGCUUUACAACCUUGCCACUGAAGACCAAUUUGAAUCAUCGUACUUUUGGCUAGCGGAUUGCUUUUAUAUGGGAAACGGCGUUGCGAUCAAUUAUCCCCAGGCCCUGAUGUGGUACAACCGCUCUGUCGAAGCAACAAGAGACGCAGAAGCAAUGGCAAAGAUUGGGUCGAUAUACGAACAAGGUCUGGGUGGUGUCGAGAAGAACGAGAGACUGGCGAUUGAUUACUACAAACAGAGUGCCGAUCAGGGUUCUGCAGAAGGCCAGUACAAGAUGGGUUUGGCCAACUGGCGUGGUAUGUGUGGUGUGCCGAUCAAUCUUGGAGAUGCAGUACUUUGGUUCACCUGGUCUGCUAAGCAAAAGUAUCCAGACAGUCACUGGGCACUUGGCCAGAUGGCGCUCGAGAACGGGGACCAAGACGUUGCAACAGAGUGGUGGCACAAGGCUAUUGCGCUUGACCACAUUCCUUCUAUGCGUUCUCUAGCCAGCCUCUUAUUACAAACAUCUAACCAAACACAACCACAAACACAAGCACAAGCACAAACACAAACACAGUCUCAGACUGGAGUUGUUACACCAAAUUCUCAUCUUGAGCACGCAAUGGAACUAUUGGCCAAUGCCUUUCGCCACGGUGACGCAGAAUCCUUAGUAGACCUUGGAAAACUUCACCAACGAGGCAUCGUUACCCAGGCAGACAGUAACAGUAGCAAUAAUAGUGGUCACCCGACAGUCUUACUUCUUCAGCCUGGGUUCUUGACACCAAAGCAGCAAGAGGAGCAAGAGCUGGCCACGCGGUGUUUUGAAGAAGCCGCAGCAAUGGGCCAUGUGGAAUCGAUGUUUCUUGCUGCCGAGUCUUGGCACGCCCGCCAGCAAUACGCAGCUGCUCUUGGAUUCUAUGAAAAGGCGGCUCACAAAGGCCACAUCUCAUCACGAGCCAUGGUAGCCCAUUACCGUCUCAAGGGGUUAGGAGGCAUAGAAGCCGAUCCCAGCUCAGCUUACAAAGAUCUUCUUUAUUGUGCUGAAAAAGAAAGUUCUUCGGCGGUGUUUAACUUGAUCGGACAAUGCAAUGAACAUGGACUUGGAACCCCCAAAAACUACCAGGAAGCUCUGGAGUGGUACCUGCGUUCAUCCAGAAAGACCAGAGAUCCAGAGGCAAUGUUCCGUGUUGGUCAGCUUGUGGCCCGACGACAGGCAGCCAUCCAAAGAGACGAAGAAGACCAUUUGAUUUCUUCAUCUCUUCCAUCGACAGGCUUAAAUCCAGACCUUCAGGCUUUGGAGUGGUAUCAGCUUUCGAUCGAUACGUCUGACCAUGGCCAGAGUCACCUUAGGGCUGGCCUGUAUUUUUCUCAAGGAAUCAAGGACAAGAAAACCGGCAAGAUCCUGUUGGCCCCAGAUGCCAAUCUGGCCAUCGAGCACUUUAGAAAGGCAGCAAGUCAGUGUAUUCCAGAAGCCAUGUUUGAACUCGGCCAGUUCUUUUUGCUGACCACUGGAGCAAGACCAAGCCCAAGAGAAACGACUGUGAUGGCUAAUGAGGGCGUCAAGUGGCUCGAACGUGCGGCUCAAUUGGGGUUGCGGGGGGCUCAACGAGAGCUUGGCAAACUAUACCAUUCAGGGCAUACGGUCAUGACGUAUCCUCAGGUGCAAGAGAAUGAGAAUGAGGAUGAGGAGUUGGAAGCUAUUGAUGUCGUAAAUCGAGAGCCAAAUUUACCGGUGGUUGUGGUUGCGCAAGACUUUGCCAAGGCAUUCGAUUACUUUUGUAGAGCAGCACAGCAGAAAGAUAAGACGGCUAGCCUGUUUCUUGGUAUCUAUCACGAGAAUGGUAUUUACGUCCAGACCAAUACCGAAUUAGCAAAGGAAUGGUAUAGAAUUGCAGUUGUACUUGGAAAACAGCAAGAACAAAAGAGCCGCGGAAGUAGAGAAGAUGGAGGAGAGGACGGCUGGUGGCUUGCAGAACUUGCACUUGCCCAGUUGUUACAUCAAGAGCCUGUAAAUCGACAUGAGGCUUACCCAUUGUUUGAGGCUGCAUAUUGCCAUGCACCCCUACACCAGAAGCGAACGGCACUGAUUAUGGUGGCGCGUUACCGGUUGCAUGGAUGGGGCAAUGUGGCCGUAAACCUGGAAGAAGGCGCUUCAAUGCUUGUCCGACUUGCAAACGAAGGUGAAGUCAAGGUGUUCCUAGAAGUCGCACAGUGCUAUGAGUUUGGGAUUGGUGUCGAACAGGAUUUCCAAAAGGCAUUUGAAUGGUACCAACGAUUGGUGGUUGGUUUGGACAACAUGAAGAACGAUGACGAUGAAGGUGAUAGUGACCAAGUCAGUGCUUGUUUGGAUGAAGAAGAUGUUGAAGACCAAGCAGAGGCAUCCUUUAGACUGGCUGAAUUCUACAAGUCCGGGUUGGUUGUUUCGACUGAUUUACAAAAGGCCAAUCAUUAUUAUCGAGUGGCGGCCAACAAAGGGUCUCUGAAGGCGAAAGAAUCUUUAAAGCAAAAACUAUGAACGAAACCAAUAACCCCUCCCUUUACAAUCCUACCAUUCUAUUAUCACUAUUAUUACUAUAUAUCCAUAUGCUUAUUUUAUGCUUUUCUUUUUCUUUUUCUUUAUCAUUAUCACUAUUAUUAGUAAUCUUUAUUGUACCUCUAUGUAUAUUUAUACCCCUCCUAUAUAUUUUACCCCACUCCACUCAUAUAAGUAUGCUUGGUGUGAAUUUGCUUGUAUAUAUACUUUAUCUACCUCUUUUCUUAUUCAUAUCUUACCAAAAAAAAUACUCCUUUCACUUGUAUUCUCUUUAUUACUAUCAUUUAUACUCUUAUACAAAAUAUCAAAUUUCAUUAGUGUAUUAUACUUAUUUACCUUGCUUUAUUACAACAAGCCAACACAUUAUAUCUAUUUAAAAAGACAUUUAUGAAGCUGGCGUUCUUAUUUUUUUCUACUAUUUAUAUAAUUCAAUAAAAUAUUCAAGUUGAU